AUGAUAAUACAACACUUGAAAUAUCAACUCCAACAAGCUCGAUGCGCUCGGAAGGUUUCGCUUCGGAAGAGGUAUUCGCUGGAAUGGGGGUGUCCUGUCAAACGCAUCCUUCUUCACAUUGGAAUCACGCUCAUGAUAGAGAUUGCAGAACCUUGCGGAACACUAGCGUCAGCUGGGUUACAGUACGGAUCCCACGAGUUCUUAGUGACAGAAAUUGUCCGCGUGAAACGUCAAGCCGGGACGCAGGCGCAGCAGAUGUAUUACGCUUAUCCUGCCCCACCUAAAGAACAAUCUUCUAACGCGGAAAUUGUUGGGGAUACAACAACAAAAGGUAACAACGGUGGCAGCGCUGGCGGCUAUAGCUAUGGUUCACGAAACACGAUUGGCAGUCAACAAGAUGCUGGCGACACAUCAUCACAGGCCAUUAGUUUAGGCACCGGUCAAUUAACAAAUACCAAUGCUGGAUAUGGUUAUAAUGUGCCAACGGAUGUUGGUAGUCCACCUCAAAUUAACACGGGUUCACGUGCGACUUCCACUGGUUCUACUGCUACCAGUUCUGUCUCCACAAGUUAUUUUUAUGACACUCCAUCAUCAAUCUCUAAUAUUGCCACAGCAAAAAGUCAAAUUACUUCCGAUUCAUCUCAAACAAGUAAGAGUGCUGCUGGCUACAAUUAUGAUUCUGUCGGAAUUACUAACAAUAAUCAGAAAUCAAAUGAUUUAGUCAAUCAAAAUACGAACGCUGAGCGUUCUCAAAGUACUUCACCUUCAGGCUAUAACUACAACAAUGCUGGAUUGAUUGCAAACAAUUUUGGGCGAAUCGAAACAGAAACCAUUUCAGUAAAAGGUGGAUUGACAGAUUUGUCAUCUAGUUAUAAUUAUCAAGCGCCAUCAUCAGAAUCAUUAAUAAAUACAGAAAAGAAUUUAUUAAAUUCAGAAGCUGGAUCAAAAGCUGCGGGCUACGGUUCUGGACCUGCUCCAGUGACAAGUACUUCCAUAAAUUCCAUAGCAAGUCAAAGUGCUUUAAGCGAAGGAAAUUCACAAAAACAAUCGGGAAAUUCUGGGUAUAAUUAUAAUACUCCGACUACAUCCAAUACGGUGGAAAGUGUUAAAAAAAUAACCAUUCCGAAUUCCAGAGCCACAAGUUCCGUAUCAGCUAAUUACAACUAUGAAGGACCUGCGCCAAGUCAAGUAAUAAAUACAGAAAGUCUACGAUACCUACCGCCAAGCUCUGGGGCUGGUUCAGGCGCUAGUGCUCCCGCCAUUAAUUCUGGCACGAAUAGAUCAAAUGGAAUCAAUAACCAAUACGUACCUCCAACGAGUUCUUUUAGUACUAGCGUACCAGGGAUGACGCCAUUGGCUUCGUAUAUACCGCAAAGCAGUGGAAUUUCUUCAUCAAGCUCUUCUCAAGCAUAUUUACCUCCAUCGAACUCUAUUUCAACUAAUCAGCCAUCGCAAUCGUACGUUCCAUCAAUACGUAGCAAUACACCACUUAGUUCGUCAAUGGUGUCCAAUUCACAGACAUAUAUACCACCAUCAACAUCCCAAUACGGGAUAUCAAGCCCUGGUCCACAAUUAAGUACACAGACCUCUGUUGCUUUGUCAUUAAAUUCAUAUAUUCCGCCGCAGAAUACAGGACAACUUAGUGCACCAAGCAUUCAACCAUCAGUACCAUCACAGUCGUAUCUACAGCCAUCGAGUCGAAAUUUGAGUAGUGGAACCAGCCAACCUAAUGGAAAUUAUUUACCUCCUACAUCAGGUACACUUACCCCAACAUCAGUGAAUUCUAACUAUUUAUCUCCAGUGACAGACUCUUCUCUACCGGCUGUAUCAUACCUGCCACCGAAGAUUUAAGUAAUUAAGAACAAAUCCACAUUAAUUAGUAAACAGAAAUAUGUCAAUAAUAUUAUCUAUUAUUUACUUAUCCUUAAAUAUAAAACGUAAUUGUUAUAUUUAAAAUGUAAUUGUUAUAUUCAGAACGCUGUUCAUUUUAUUUUAAUAUUAAAAAUAAAAAAUAGCACUGUCGAGCUAGUGGUCAUUUGCUCUUUGCCCAAUCAGUCACACAAAAUAGCUAUCCAAGAGAUCAAGGGAAACGUCAAGUGUCACAAUUAAAACGUCAUUCAAAAAUAGCUUCAAGAAAUCAAAGAUGAAAGUUAUUUUUAAUAUUAUGUCUUAAAAAUUCAGUUUGGUAAACUCUCUAAAUUUUAGAAUGAAUUCUGAUAAAUUAGACGAGGCGUAUUCUAUUCUAUUGCAUACAACACAUAAUGAGAAGACUUUUAUUUAUAGAGGAAUCUUAUUAAAAUUAUGCGUUCUAUAAAGGCAAAUGUUAAUUUAUACUCGAGUGCGAAGCAAGGUGAUUAUAAGUUUAUUUCGUGUGACAUUAAGCAUACAUCAAUUAUCAAAAUAAAAGCGUGUGCUGGUGUAUUGAACUAUGGUGCACCUGAAGAUGUUGAGUACUCAACUAAGUUCUGACACUUUAACUAUAAAUGAUCUCCCAAAUGAAAUACUUAUUUAUAUAUUCUCUAUGAUCGAUUUUGAGUCCCUGCUAGCUGUUGCAAAAGUUUGUUCAAGAUGGCAACAACUGUGUCUCACUCCUUGCGUAUGGGAUAACACUCGUCUUGUAGUGUGUAUGAAAAACUAUGUUAGUAUUAGUGAGAGUAUAGUGCCUUUUGUAGCUAAGUAUUUAAAGAAUGUUAAAUUACAGUAUUUUAAAUUAUAUUCUCAAGUUAGGACUUCCUUGAUAAGUUAUUGUCCCAAUUUGACUCAUUUAGAAAUAAGUAUAUCUCAAGUUGACAGUUGUAUUUUUGAAGAUCUUGGGCAUUGGCCUAAUUUAAAAUUUUUGAGCUUUCGUAAUUCACUCAUAGUUCAAAAUUCUCAAAAUGCGAAUGGUAAUUUUGUUUAUCAUUUACCUUUUGAAAAGUUAAAAUAUCUUGAGACUUUAAUCUUAUCAAAUUUUGCUUUAACUCACAGUAGUUUGUACAGUAUGCUUCAGUGCACUAAUCUGGUCAGUAUUAAUAUGGAAAAAAUGAAGAAUAUCCCUGCAAACUUCCUUGAAUCUCUAUUAAGGACAAAACAAUCUACUUUAAGAGCUUUAUAUAUUUAUGGGGAUACAUUAAAUGAUGACAUUAUGAGACAUGUUUCCAACUGUAGAGUUUUAGAGGUUCUUCACAUUAUGACAUGUAAAAUAUUAUUUGACUCAAGCUUGUUACACUUGCAUAGGCUCAAAAAUUUACAAUCUCUGAAACUUCGCCAUGGGUAUUUUUCAACAAGUGCUUUGUUAGCACAUUUUAGCAAUAAUACAUUUCAGCACUUGACUUAUUUGAGCCUAUCGAGAUGUCUUCAUGUGACCAUGCAAGUGGCAAAAGCUGUGAGAACAAGUGCUCCUAAUCUUAAAGAAUUGUCAUUUUAUCUGUGUCCAUUUAUAAUAGCUCCAGAUUUUAAAAGAGCUGAAUUGGAACGAAUGUUUAAAAUACAGUUAUUGCUUGACUAACUUACUGUAUACAAAUAUUAUAAAUAGCAGCUGAGAAUAUCCGUCCAACCAAUUAAAAUAUAACAGAAUAAUCCACUAACAUGUAGAACAGACAUCAAAUUUUAAAAAACAUAUUUGGUUACUUGGGCAGUAUUAAGUUGUGUUGUGACAUCUUACUUUUAAUUUUUUUAACAAAUUAUAUAAUUGAGUAUUACUGAGUAUUAAAAAGUCAAACUAUCUGCAUAGUAGAUAGAUAAAUGUAAAAAUAGAAAUAUUAAUACAACUCCUCAAAAUAUUGUUUCUAUUUGACAGUAACCAGUGGUGCCUUAUUUCCUUGAAUUGUUCUUAGAGGACAAUUAGAUUGAAAGUUUUGUAGGAUAAUGGAAAAAGGUUUUGUAUAUCUGUAUUUUAGAAAAACGUUAAAUUUGGUUUCUAAAAAGGAAGGCAAAUGGAGAAACAUUUACAUAUUUUUUGCAUAAUUUUAUGUACUAGGUACCUUGUUUUUUUAACUUGCUAAAAUGAAGAAUAAUUUUUCAUCACAAUUUUAGACGAGUUUGUUAGUUUUACGACGAAACGAAUUUAAAACUCGGCAACAUUAUUUUAUGUUAGACAUUAAAAAGUGUAUGUUUUAAAAUGAGUAUGUAGUUCUUGAAAUAAAAUAAAAUUCAGAAUUAGUAAAUUCACUAAAAGUUAAAAAUCCUACUUAUCUAUAGUGCUAUAGAAUUGAAUAAUAAGGCCAAAUUAUAAACAAAGUUAAGAUAUUUUAUUAUUCUAUGAAUAUGGAUGACUAAGAAAUGCCUACUUUAAAAGAUUAUACAUUGUCAAAAAAACUCGAAUAAAAACUGAAAUAUAACCGCAUAAGAUUAUUGUUUCUGUCAUGACAUUUAAUGUAUUGUGAAAUAUUGAGUAUUAUAUAAAAAUACGUUUGGAACCUAUGUAAGAUAUUUUUGUAAUAUUUACCUAUCGUGCAAUAAUUUAUAAUAGUAUAUUAUACUAUUGUUUGUCUAAUUGUGUUGUAUACAUAUGAAUAAAAUUUCAACACAAA